CCGUCGCGCCCCACGCAGGGUCUCGUGCGCCUGGCCCGGCGAGGAGACCCCUGGCACCAUGGCCUCGCUGCUAGCAGCUUACCCGUGGGCCGAGGGCCUCGAGUGCCCGGCCCUGGACGCCGACCUGUCGGACGGUCUGUCGCCCCCCGCCGCCCCACGCCCGCCCGGGGACAAGGGCUCCGAGAGUCGCAUCCGGAGGCCCAUGAACGCCUUCAUGGUUUGGGCCAAGGACGAGAGGAAACGUCUCGCGGUGCAGAACCCGGACCUGCACAACGCCGAGCUCAGCAAGAUGCUGGGAAAGUCGUGGAAGGCGCUGACACUUUCCCAGAAGCGGCCGUAUGUGGAGGAGGCGGAGCGUCUGCGGCUGCAGCACAUGCAGGACCACCCCAACUACAAGUACCGGCCCCGCCGCAAGAAGCAGGCCAAGCGCCUGGGCAAGCGCGCCGAGCCCGGCUUCCUCCUGAGCUCCCUGUCCCGGGACCAGAACGCCCUGCCGGACAAGCGGGGCGGUGGCCGGGGGCCACUGGGGGACGAGGAGGACAGGGGUGAGUACUCCCCGAGGGCAGCACUGCCCAGCCUCCGCGGCUGCUACCACGAGGCUGCCGCAGGUGCCGGCAGCGGGGGCACCCCAGGCAGCGUGGACGCCUACCCCUACGGGCUGCCCACGCCCCCCGAGAUGUCUCCGCUGGACAUGCUGGAGCCAGAGCCGGCCUUCUUCUCUGCCCCCUGCCAGGAGGAGCACGCAGCCCCUCGCCGCCUCCCCCACCUGCCCACACCCCAUUACUCGCCAGAGUUUGCCCCCAGCCCCCACCACUGUGGUCACACCCUGGGCCCCCUGGGGCUCGGGCAGACCCCCAGCGUCUCUCUGAUGUCCACUGUGCCUGGCUGCCCCCCGUCUCCCGCCUAUUACUCCCCCGCCACCUACCACCCUCUACAGUCCAACCUGCACGCCCCCCUGGGCCAGCUGUCGCCCCCGCCUGAGCACCCCGGCUUCGACGCCCUGGACCAGCUGAGCCAGGCCGAGCUCCUGGGGGACAUGGACCGCAAUGAGUUCGACCAGUAUUUGAACACUCCCGGCCACCCGGAUUCUGUCUCGGGGACCGUGGCCCUCAGUGGGCCUGUGCCAGGGGGCCCUACAGAGACCAGCCUCAUCUCGGUGCUGGCCGAUGCCACAGCCACGUACUACAACAGCUAUAGUGUGUCCUAGAGCCGGAGGCCGCCCCGCCCUUGCCUUCCGGCUCGCCGAGCAGCAGGGGGGACCCCGGUGGGCAGAUCUGAACUGCUCCCUCCCGCCCGCCCGCUCCCUGGGACCUGAGGCCUCAAGUGUCUUCCUUCAGAUGAAUUUCCGCUGGCUGCACCCCAGGAAUCAGACGCAGCCGCAGCCAGCCGUGGUGCCGGUUAUUCUCCGACCUCCCUUCUGUGCCCUCAUCGAGGGAGCAAGUGUGAGCAGCCCGCCGGCGUGGGCAUCUGGGAGGACACCCCUCCUGGACCUGCUUCCGGGGACCCCUGACCUGGUUCCAACUGACAUUCUGACAUGUGCAGGCAGGUGGGCUCUGUGCUCCCAUUCUCAGUGCUCUCCAGGCUCACCCUAGACCAACCACCCUGGUGAGAUUCCCAUCAGGGUGCGGCACCAGCCUCCUCCUGGGACACUGCCUAGGGGAAGCUCGGUCACCUCCCUACGGGUCUUCUUCAUUUGGGCCCUGAACCAUGUGAAUGGCUGCGUCCCUGAUGCUGAGUGCCAUCCUGCCCACGCUGUGUGCACGCAGCUGAAAUUCUAGAUGAGCUCACACACACACACACACACACACACACACACACACAUACACACAUCCGUCAGCAUAUGCCAUACACACACAUAGACACACGCACACGCGCGCGCGCAUGCCUACGCACACCCCUUCACACUCACCCGGACGUGAGUGUCCAUGCAGCUGGACUCAGAUAAGCUUCUCAGUGACGGCAUCUUCUUGGCAACUUCCUGUUCUCACCAAUAACCCGAAGAGCCAGGCGGUGCGAAUUCCAGCAGAGCCCGUCACUGUCCCCCAGCCCUGCCGUGGGACUCCGGGGCGGAUCUGCGCUCACUCCUUCCUCUCGGCAGCCUCUCCCCCUCUCCCUUUCCUGGGAUUCCUUUCUCUCUUUCCUUCCGCCCGGCAUUGGCCACUGGUUCCGAGACAGGCCUGAGGCCCUCAGGUGCCUGCUCCUUCUCCGGCAGAUCUCUGCCAGCUUCUCCCCAACCUGGAAAUGCACAGAUUCCCAGAAUGCUUCCGAGCUCUGCCCGGGGCCCCCAGAUGUGCCAGCCUUCUCCCCAGCCUCGUCUGAAGGAAAAUACCUGAACGUGAGCUAAGAGACACUUGUGUUUGUCCUGGUCUCUACAUAUUAUGCCUGUAUACGAAAUAUGUAUGUGUUUUUUUUUAUAUUUUAUUAUUUUCGCCUUAUAUUUUGUAUUGCUGAAAGAUCCUUUUUUGUUUGCUUUCAAGGAGUCUUAUUGUAAAAUUGUGUAUGAGAUAUGAUUAAUCUUUAUGCUAUUACUGUGUGACAUUUGGUAAAUAGUAGAACCAUGGGUACACAACUAGCACACUCAGUCUGUAUUACAAAUCCCGUAAGCCGGUAUCAGAGGCAGGAAGCUAGAUGGCUCCAUUUCCAGAAAGAGC